GCAUAAGCUUUACAAAACAACAGAUAACGGGUAAUUCCAUAUGAAGCUAGUAGCAUUGAUAAGCCCUCACUUCAGUUUGCAUUCAAUACUUCCAGUGAAACGAACAUGGCUUCAAAGGCGUUCCGAUUAUUUGCUAUCAUCUGCUGCAUUUCAGUAUGUUUGGAAGCAAGGGAAUAUAAGUGCACAUACGAUGGAGACCAAAUAUGCGUAUUUCGUGGUGUCCAACUCAAGCCCGACGAUCAAUCCACGUCAUUCGCUUCCAUUGGAAAACCUCCGAGAAAUGUAAAAUUUGAGCAAUCAUCAAUAUCUUCUGUACCAAACGGAGUAUUCCGAGCAUUCCCAGCCCUUGAGCAGUACGACGCUGGUCACAGUGGAGUGAAAACUUUACCCACUGGAUCAUUCUCCAGCGCCACCAACAUUCGAGAGGUAAAUCUCACUGCGAACAAAAUACAACUAUUGGACGAUGAUGUUUUCGAAACUGCAAACAAAAUUACAAGCUUGGACCUCUCUCAAAACAGCAUCAGUGAAGUUAAGGAAAGGGCAUUUAGUGGAUUGAGUCACCUGACUGUGCUAAAACUAAAUAGCAAUCAAAUUUCGAUGCUUCCCAGUAAAGUUUUUGCUCCACUAACGUCAUUAGAAAGCGUGGAUCUACAACACAACUCUCUAUCAAAACUUGAUGACUCACAGUUCGAAUCCUGUACAUCGUUAGUAUCUGUGAAUGUUUCACACAACGCUAUUCAAAAGUUUGAUCUAAAACAAUUUCUACGAGAAUGGUCGGUGGACGUCAUAGAUGUCAGUUUCAACCGAUUGAAGGUGGUCAAUAUUCCUCAAAACUUGAGAAAGUUGGUGGCAUCGAAUAAUCAAGUUCAAUCAAUUCAAGUAAUUGGAAAGGAGCCGCAGCUUAUUUUUCUUCGUUUGUCACAUAACAAGCUGACCAGCAUGGACCAAAUUCCAAGUUUCAACAAACUUGUAACCCUGGAUCUGUCAUACAACGAAAUCGCAACCGUCGAUUUUAAAUCUGUGACCAAGUUCAAGAACCUGAUUCUUCUUAAGCUGGAUGGAAACCGACUGGCAACCCUUUCCAACACCUUAGUCACACCUUGGACCUAUUUGAAAUACGUUCACUUAUCCCAUAAUCAACUGACGCAACUAAAUCUGGAUGUACUAAAGACGUUACCAAGAAUCAUCAAGCUGGAUCUGGGGUUCAAUAAACUCACCACAUUACAGACUAAGGAUUUUAGCGACAAAUUCCCCGUAAUGGUGCGGCUCACGAUCGAAGGAAACGAUUUCAAGUGCGACAACAUUGCGCCGCUGAUGAAAGAACUCAAAUAUGCGAUGGCCGAACACAAAGUUACCGUCGACAAAUGUAAGAAAGGACAACGUUUGAUGAAUGGUAUUUGCUGCUCCUAGGAUUAGUUCGUGAUGUGCGACGGGCAAUUUUCCUAUCUUAUUUGAUGGAAGAAGCUACAUUCAAAUACGGAAUGGCAUCAACAUAAAAUUUCCAAAGAAAAUAAGAAAUUAACUAUGAACAAUUUGAAAAUUGCCGAUACAGGUUAGAAGCAACAAAUAAAUAUAAAAUUUCUCUAAAAAAUGUGAAAUUUUUACAGACUUGAGAGAAUUUUCUAAAAACCUUUACGAUAUUAGCAGUUGCAAAAAUUGUAAUUGCAUGUAAUGCUAUUACAAUUAAGAUAAAUAAAAUUCAUAACAGAUCAAAAUUGGAAGAAUAAAAUACGAAACUUGCAUAAAUUAAUCAAAACUAUAAAUGAAUGCAAAAUUUUCUACACAAUAAUAUUUUUCCCCAAAAGAAAUACGAACCAAAAUAAACCCAUAACACAAAAUUAAAAACACAAAAUAUUCAAAUAAGUGUUUACAAUUUUUGUACAGUACUAACAAGUCAUCGGAUAAGCGGGGGUAUACUGUUUUGGAUUUGAAAUGUAUUUUUUGAUAGAUUCUCCCCCUAUUUCUUAUCAUUGUUCAUAUUUGGCCUUCGGAAAAUCAAUU